AUGAUUGUUCCAGUUAGAUGUUUUUCCUGUGGUAAAGUUGUUGGUGAUAAAUGGGAAAGUUAUUUAAACAUGCUACAAGAAGAUGAAUUAGACGAAGGUACUGCUUUAACUAAAUUAGGAUUAAAAAGAUAUUGUUGUAGAAGAAUGAUUCUUACUCAUGUCGAUCUUAUCGAAAAGUUUUUAAGAUACAAUCCUCUAGAAAAGAGAGAUUAA